GACUACGCUGCAGCAGACCCAGAGGCAGGACCCGCUUCCCGAUGAUGCUCGCCCUCCAGCCGAGAGCGCCGUGCCCCAAGUGGUGCUGCGACGGCCCCUGCUGGGCCAGCCUGCAGGAGGCAGGAGGGUGGUGAGCAUGUUUGGCUCACCGGCUAAACCGGAGCUAGCUUUGCAGAGCGCCCAGGAGAGACUCAGGAGGCCCAGGAGCGUGUGUGUUCCUGCUGGCCUCAACCCCCUUCCACCCGUGCCCGUCCCCUUGACCCAGCGUGGACUCCCGGAUGCCCUACAGCAGAGGAGGAGGGCAGAGAUGCGGGCCUGCGACGGCCUCAAGCUUGAGGCUUCCCGGACAAUCCCCCCCGUGGUGCGUCCCAGGUCCCAGCCCCGGGGGGCCAAGCCGCGGCCCGUCAGCAUGACUGUGCUGGAGCUGAAGAAGCGGGGGUCGCGGGACAACCUGCUCUCCGACGGAGCCCCUGCCCACGGCUUCUCCCGCACCUCCAGCGAUGGUGCCAGCUGGAGGCUCUUCAGCAAGCUGUUCGGAAGGUCCUCCAGGGACGCCCAACCGGCCCCCGAACCCACCGUGAAGCUCGACGCCCCCAAGCCUGAAGCCCCUAAGAGGACCCUUGCUUCCCUGCGCAGGAGCCUGAGUUUCCGGAUCAGGAGGGGCAGGGACAGGGACAGGGGGGAGACAGAGGAGCCGGCCCGGGACAGGAGCCGCACCAUGAGCAACGGAGAGGACACGGGGAGCUCCACGCAACCGUUUUCCUACCUGACGGGAAGAGUGCUGUCCCCUCCGCAGGAACGGGAUGCAGACAAAGGGGUGCAGUAUGUGAAGUACCAGAGCCGGGGGAAGGUCAAGGUAAUGGAAGUGCCUAACUGCCCGGCCAAACUGUCUCGAGCCAGCCCGGAGGAGCCCAGUGUGUGGCGUCUGCUGACCAGCCGCUUUAAGAAAAAGGACCCGCCGCCAAGCAGCAAAUGCGAGCUGCACUCUCAGACCUCGGGGUUUGGCAAACAUCCCCUGGCUGAGCAUAAAAAGCCUCAGCCCGUUACCAUGGAAACGCGCGCCAGCAUGAAAUUCAGCAAAGGUCAAGACUCCUUCGUCAACAGUCAGGAGUGGACGCUGAGCCGAUCGGUGCCAGAGCUCAAAGUGGGCAUUGUGGGUAACCUGUCCAGCGGGAAGUCUGCCCUGGUCCACCGGUACCUGACAGGCACAUACGUCCAGGAGGAAUCCCCUGAAGGCGGGCGGUUCAAAAAGGAGAUUGUCGUGGAUGGACAGAGCUACCUGCUCCUCAUCCGGGACGAAGGCGGGCCCCCUGAGCUUCAGUUCGCUGCCUGGGUGGACGCAGUGGUCUUUGUCUUCAGCCUGGAGGACGAGAUCAGCUUCCAGACCGUCUAUAACUACUUCCUGCGCCUCUGCAGCUACAGAAACACCGCUGAUGUGCCCAUGGUGCUGGUGGGCACACAAGAUGCCAUCAGCGCCGCAAACCCCAGAGUCAUCGACGACUCGCGUGCCAGGAAGCUGUCCAACGACCUGAAGCGCUCCACGUACUACGAGACCUGCUCCACUUACGGCCUGAAUGUGGAGAGAGUCUUCCAGGAUGUUGCCCAGAAGGUGGUGGCCCUGAGGAAAAAACAGCAGCUGUCCAUCGGCCCGUGCAAGUCCUUGCCCAACUCCCCCAGCCACUCCUCUGUCCCCUCCGCAUCAAUCCCCUCCGUUCACAUCAAUCAGCAGGCGGCUAACGGCGGGGGCGCGUUCAGCGACUACUCGUCCUCCGUCCCGUCCACCCCCAGCAUCAGCCAGCGGGAGAUGCGCAUCGAGACCAUCGCCGCCUCCAACACGCCCACGCCCAUCCGCAAGCAGUCCAAGCGCCGCUCCAACAUCUUCACAUCUCGGAAAGCCAGUGAGCAAGCAAAGAGCAGUGACUGUAAAACAGACAACAUAGGCAGUGGGAGGGCCAUACCAAUCAAACAGGGCAUCCUGCUGAAGAGAAGUGGGAAGUCCCUGAACAAGGAGUGGAAGAAGAAGUAUGUCACCCUGUGUGACAACGGCCUACUGACCUACCACCCUAGUUUACACGACUACAUGCAGAAUGUGCACGGGAAAGAGAUCGACCUGUUGAGGACCACGGUCAAGGUCCCGGGCAAGAGGCCCCCUCGAGCCGUCGCCACCAUAGCCCCCACAGCCAGCCCCAAGACCAACGGUUUGGCCAAGGAGCGCAGCACCCUGCAGCUAGGGACCGGGACUGCAGGUGCCCCCCAUUCCAACAGCAGUGGUUCGCUCCAGUCAGACCGCUCGGUCAGCGGGAUCAACCUGGUGGGUUUUGGCGGGAAGCCGGACGGCAUGCACCAGCGCUCCUUCUCCGUGUCGAGCGCUGACCAGUGGAGCGAGGCGGCCGUCGCCAGCACUGGGGCAGCCAACGGAACUGCAGAUGCCCUCUGCUCCAGUCCCAGUGUGUCCAGUGCCACCAGCCCCAAACUGGAGCCCCCGCCCUCGCCACACGCCAACCGCAAGAAACACAGACGGAAAAAGAGCACAGGGAUCACCAAACCGGACGGUCCGUCCGCCGGAAACGAAGAGCAAGAGGAGUCGUUUGAGUUCAACAUCGUCUCAUUGACGGGGCAGAUGUGGCACUUCGAGGCCUCCACGUAUGAGGAGCGGGAGCUGUGGGUGCAGGCCAUCGAGAGCCAGAUCUUCGCCAGCCUACAGUCCUGUGAGAGCAGCAAGAAUAAGUCUCGCCUGGGCAGUCAGAGCGACGCGGUGGCCAUUCAGUCCAUCCGGAACGUGAGAGGGAACAGCUUUUGUGUGGACUGUGAAGCGGCCAACCCUGACUGGGCCAGUCUGAAUCUGGGGGCACUGAUCUGCAUCGAGUGCUCGGGGAUCCACCGCAACCUGGGCACACACCUGUCGCGCGUGCGCUCCCUGGACCUGGACGACUGGCCUGUGGAGCUCAGCAUGGUGAUGACCGCUAUCGGCAACACCAUGGCCAACAGCGUGUGGGAGGGAGCGCUCGAGGGCUACACCAAGCCUGCCGCUGACUGCACCAGGGAGGAGAAGGAGCAGUGGAUCCGGGCGAAGUAUGAGCAGAAGCUGUUCCUCUUGGCGCUGCCACAGUCAGACGUGCCCCUGGGCCAGCAGCUGCUCCGGGCCGUGGUGGAGGACGACUUACGGCAGGUGGUGCUCCUGCUGGCCCAUGGCACCAAGGAGGAGGUCAACGAGACGUACGGAGAUGGAGACGGCCGCACCGCCCUGCACCUCUCCUGCGCCAUGGCCAACGUUGUCAUCACACAGCUCCUGGUCUGGUACGGCGUGGACGUGAAAAGCCGGGACGCCCGAGGUCAGUCUCCGCUGGCAUACGCGCGGAGGGCGGUCAGCCAGGAGUGCGCGGACAUCCUGCUCCAGCAUGGCUGCCCCAACGAUGGCGGGGGCCUGGUGCCCACGCCCAACACGGCGCGCCGCAACCCCAACGCCAACAACAACAACGCCCAGUGUGAGCUCAACCGCAGUGCCAGCUUCAUCUAACGACCGGCACCGCGCUGACACCCCCUCUUCACACACACACACACACGCACUGUGGCACCCGACACCCCCUAACCCUGUCCCCUCUCCCUCCCUCUGCGUCAUGUGACUCCAACGGCCCUGGGGGUGAUGGGAAACAAGGCGCGGAUGUCCCACUGAGGGAACCCCGGAGAGCGAGGGCUUCAUCGGGGGGAGCCCUGAAGCCCCAACGCUCCUGAUUUAUUAGGGCCAUUACAAAACCAUUCCCAAAAACCUUUUCACCCUAUGGAGGAAAGCCAGGAGAGCACUCCUUUUGAGGGUACAUAUCACAGGUACAGUGACAAGGGACUGGUUAACAUCACCUUCACUGCUGCAUCAGCGCCAUUGACUGGGCCAUUACUGUAAUUAUUGCUAUUAAUAUGACUAUUAUUAAAGUCUUAGCUUGUGCUUUAAAAAGGUUGGGAACUCAUUUAGAAAAAGCUCAAACUAAGUCUGAAGGGAUAUGAGUUGGAGGAUGAGGUGAGCAUAGUGUAUAUUCAACCCCUAUUAGCCUGAGAAAUGAUGAGCAGUUUGUCUAGUUUCUAAUAUUAGUAAACAUGUACCUAGGUGCAAGUACCCGGGUUUGGCCAGUGGUAGGAAGCUGCUGUGUUUUUGCUUGUUGAAGAGCACAGUGACUGCAUUUGAUUGCCAACAACUGUGGGGCCGUACAGCCCACCUCAAUGGACCUCCUUUUCCUUACCUCUGUGACAUCUGGCCCCCACCGUUUUCUGGACAGAGAUGGCCAGGUAUAUGACUGCUGUUUUUCCUUGGCUAUGGGUGUCCUGCUGGGUGGAGUCUGAAGGUAGCUCACCUCUGGUGUACAGCAAAGCUUCUGCAGACCAUUCUGCAAAGUUUAGGAGUGUGGCAGGUUCAGUGGUGGGGAUGGUCUGAUUCCCAUUGCCCAGUUUGAGAGUUUAUUUAUAUAUAUUUCUUUCCCCAGGUAACAUUCUCAGUUGUCUCAAGUGGGUUUUAGUGCUGUAGCGAGGUCUUGUUUGGUCACACCGUCCCUUAAGUUUACAACUGCCUUAGCGACUUGCCUUGACCGUUGGCUUUAGUGAGCACUAGAGCAGCACAACAGUAAUGCAGUAUUUCUCUGCUUCUCUCAGUUUUUAUUGCAGGGCUCAAUAGCAUCAGAUUGGGGCUUUUGGAGUGUGGGCUGUCUGUGUAUGUCUCAUUCAGCUCACUGCUUGAUUCAGUGCAGGUUUUGGUUCUUCUCAUGUUCAGCUACCCGUACUGACUGCUCAAAUUUUGAAACAGAACUAUGAAACAAGAAAACAAGAAAAUCUUAAGAGACCGAUAUCAUCAGAGCUGAGUGUGUUCCUAAUUCUGUGCAGAAAUGGCAAAAAAUGUCCUCCUUCCUAAAGUGUAGUGAUUUCCUACGUUCAAAAGUUUAGGUGGACAUAACCAAGAGCUUUUCACAUUAGCCUUCCCUAGUUAGAUGCCUUUUUUGCCUUUGCACAUUGCCUACCUGUCUUUUCUCACCGCUGUUGAAACCAAAGUUCAAGCCUUGCCUUUACUGUCUUUUUUUUAAUGAGCAAAAGGAUUAUUCACUGCAGUAUUGUUGCCUCAGAGAGGAUUCUUCUGCUAAUAGAUAUCCUGUGAUAGAAUGUACCAGAAUGACUUUUGGUCAUCUGGACCAAUUAGGCACAGAUAUCAUCUUAUCAGCCAAUCAGGAAUUGAGUGUUCUUUUGUUGUUGGUUUCUCUUGACCAGUAAUGACUGUUACACUACACCUUUAGAUUUAGAUAAAAUGUGAAAUCAUACUUAUUCUCAUUCUCUAUUUUUGUACAUGUUUCCCUAUUUUAAGUUGUUUUAAGUUCAGAGUGUAGUAUUCGUUUAGUGAGUAUAUGUAUGUUCCGCUGUAAUAGUUGCACAGUCCUGCACAGAACUAGGAAUUCUUGAAUGCUCACACCUGCACAAAGGAGUCAUAAAUGCACAAAUUGUAUAUACACAAUGUAACCAUCUCUACAGAACACUCCAGCGCUAGUCAUUUUACACUGUUUUUCCAUUGCCAUUCAUGGUGGUCUUUGUUAGGUAACGCUCAUUGACCAGUGCCUGCAGUUGUCUAUGAGCAGUGAGCUAUCUGCAGGGGUUGGGUUUGCAAGACAGGCCUCCAUCUGGAUGCAGACCUCAAAAACGCAGUCGCUCCACAAAAAACGUUCUUUGAAGGCUACAUCCAAGAAUUAUUCUUUUUAAUUUGUGAAGGGAAAGCCUCAGCCCCUGGACUCCUGUUUGUCAGCUGAUGCGUGAACUUGAGAGAACGAUUCCCCCGUCGUGCUGCUCCAGGGCGUCACCGCAUCGCAUCGUAGUUUGGAUUGUCGUCAUCUCAUCAGCGUGGUGGUGGUGUUUAGGCCUGUAAUCCAGCCUCCAUGGUCCCUCUGUGUUUGUAGUCUCUUUUGCGUAAUGGAUGAUCCCUGCUGCUUCCUGUGGCCCCCGUUGGCUGUCCAUUGCUCCUCUGUGUGACGUUUCCCUGCAGACUCUGCUCCGCUCCCGCUUACACCUGGACGACCCCGAACGAUGCCGUUUGAGUAUCCAAGAAGAAAUGCGUUGUUUGACUAGAGUGUCAGGAGAUUUUAAAAAAAAGGUAUUGAUGUGUACAGAAAUAUGUAAAAAGUAGCUUUUCCUCUUGCAGCUGACCUUUUAGUCCCUAAUGGUGUGUGUGUGUGUGUGCCUGCGUGUGCUUCAGAUGGGACUUCCUUUGAAAUACUGUUUCCGUUUGGGUGAUGAGGCUGAAGUGGCGGAUUCAUUUGCAUUGCCUCUAAUCCCUGCUGAAUUCAUGCACCGGGGAGAAAUCACGGUAUUACUGAAGUCUAAAAAACCAGUUUCACCGGUAGGGCUCAGUCUCAGAAAGGCCAACACUCAUAUUCUUGUUGUAUGUUGGUUGUUUUUAUGGCAUAAUCCCAGUAUAAUAUCCAGUCAUCUGACUGACUGUAAGCUGGUUGGACACAAGAAUACUUUCUUCUCUGGAUACCCCUCUGACCAGGGCUAACAGGCCUGGAAGCCCAGCUGAAUGAUGCCAUCGUAUUUCCAUUUUAAUGUUUGUGAUUUCACAACUGAUAAAUUCUGUAUUCUGGGGGUGUGCAACUCCAGUCCUGAAAAACCGCAGCGUUUGCUGGUUUCUGCAGCCUUUCAUUUAAUUUAAGUAAUUGAUUGGCCAAACAGUCCAUAUGCCUUGUUUUCAAGACUAAAACUCUUUAAAUACAGAAAUCUGUUGAAACCAUGAAAACCUGCAGAUAUUACGGUCCUCCAGGACAGGAGUUUGUAAUCCCUGCUGUAGAGGUUGCAAGUGAUGUGAUGAUACAGUAAGGAACUGACUCUGGUUUGUUUAACCUCAGCAAUUGGCCUUGGUACAACUGUGGGUUUACAAUGAGAGCUUAAGGACAUUUCAAAGCUAGUCUAAUGGAUGGAUGAUUUUAUAGUCAGGGCUGAAAUGAAGAUAUAUGUGUACCUUAGGGGAACUACCAUACGUGAACCCCCAAAAACACUCAACCCCUGUAUGUUUCCUGAUUUCAGCACCUCCUCCACUCCCUCAUAUCGAAUGCCAGUUUUUCCCAAAGAACAUUUUAUUGAUAGACUGCGUAUACAGGUUGAUGAACAUAGGAUUGACCAGGGAAUAAUGCAAACGACUACAGGGCAUCCGCCCCUCUUGUUUUAGCCUAGUAAUACACUAGCAUUGCUCAAGAGAGUUAUUUUAAAUGAAGAAAAAUUGGUCUGGAGGAGUUAUGAAAGGGAUCUGGGUCGAUCCCUGAGAGACAACAAGCCAACCAAAAUGCUUUCAGGAGCACCUCACCCCCCUAGCUGUUGCCCCACCCUCUACAACUGCCCCCCAUCCCACCUACCCUCAAUUACAUUUUUGUUUUGUUAUUGCAUUCUUCUCUUGAUUUUUAUUGUAUUUAAGGUACUAUGGUUAAGUCUCAAUGCGUAUACAUUGUCUGACCGUGUGAGGUACUGUGUAUAAUAAUGUACAUUUGACAUAUUUAUAUUGCAGUAUGUAAAUAUUGAUUUUUGUUGUUUUUUUCCUGUUAUUUUUUCUCUUUUCAUUUGAGAACAUGAAACAAAGCAAAUUCAAAAGAAGACAGUUACUGUUUGUGUGCUUGAAUGACUGUGGACAUAUUAAUAAACACUCCAAUAAAAUAAUGUAGCCUUCCCAGAAGUGGGAGUAACAACCA